GUCAAAAACUUCAGCUGAUAGAAGCUCCCGAAUGUUGUUGUAAACAACAGUUUUCUGAUAAAAUUUUGGGAUCUUCGUUCUGUGAUUCAGUUUUAAAAGUUAUUUUAACGCUUACCGGUGAUUAAUCUUCGUGAAAUGGAGAAAAUCAAUUUGAACUUAUCGACGCGCCCGAAAGUAAGCAUCCUGGACAAACCGCUGAGCCGUGGAAAGGGGGAAGUUUCAUUAAGCUGCUACGCGUUGCUGUUCUCCGAAGUGGUCCAGUAUUCCCAGAGUCGGGUCAACACCAUUCCAGAUUUACAGAAUAAGCUACAUGAUCUCGGGAAGGAUGUUGGUUGCAGAAUAAUAGAUUUGUAUUUCGUUAGGGAACGCAGUUCUAAGAGGGAAACUAAACUGAUUAAUAUGCUGUUGUUCAUUAAGACUACUCUGUGGAAGACUUUGUUCGGAAAGGAUGCGGACAAACUGGAGCAUGCCACCGAUGACGAGUGCACGUACUACAUCAUCGAGAAGGAACCGCUGGUCAAUAAAUUUAUCAGCGUGCCGAAAGAUAAGGGUUCGCUGAAUUGUGCCGUCUUCGUGGCCGGCAUUAUUCAGGCGGUACUAUCAAACUGUGGCUUUACAUGUCAAGUUUCCGCUCACUGGCACAAAGGCACCACUUAUAUGGUCAAGUUCGAAGAUCACGUUAUUAGCAGAGACAAACAGUUGGAGGAAAAAUAAACAUGUUUUUCAAUUUAUUACAUUACCAAUC